UCUGUGUCACUCCGGCUGGCGGUAACGCUUUAUAUUGUAGUCGCUGCUAUUGCGGCUGACACGUCAACAAAGCAAGAACUUUAAGAAAUUUGUGAAGAUGCGUGUGAGCAACAUACGCAGCGGUCGGAUUUUUCGCCUGGCGCUUUGUUUUCUGGUCAUAUUGCCUUUGCUGUAUCUAUUGGCCAACUGGAGCGAUAAUCAUAAGCGCGUUCAGAGGGCAUAUCAUGCUCGCUUUGGCGGACGCAAGCAGAGUCAUCAGCGGCUUGAAAGCCGGCCACGUGAAGCGCCUAAGCUGGUGGAAGGUUUGGGCAAUUUCGAGCCCAGGAAUCUGAGGCCACGUCAUGGUGCUGGCGAGAACGGUGAUGCGCAUAUUUUGUGGCCAAAUAAAACGAAUGUGGCAGAUGCUGCUGAGAUGGAAUACGGCAUGAAUAUCGCUUGCUCCGAUGAAAUAUCUAUGCAUCGCUCUGUGCGCGAUACACGUCUGGAGGAAUGCAAGCAUUGGAACUAUCCUUAUGAUUUGCCCACAACAAGUGUCAUCAUUGUUUUCCACAACGAAGGCUUCUCUGUUCUGAUGCGCACUGUGCACUCGGUUAUUGAUCGCUCGCCGAAGCAUGUGCUGCACGAGAUUAUACUCGUCGAUGACUACUCCGACAAGGAGAAUCUACGCACUAAGCUGGAUCACUAUGUGCAGCAGUUUCAGGGUCUGGUCAAGAUCAUACGCAAUAAGGAGCGCGAGGGCUUGAUACGCACACGCUCCAGAGGUGCUAUGGAGGCCACAGGCGAGGUUAUAGUAUUUUUGGAUGCGCAUUGCGAGGUGAAUCUCAACUGGCUGCCACCACUAUUGGCACCCAUAUAUCGGGAUCGCACUGUCAUGACUGUGCCCAUUAUAGAUGGCAUUGAUCACAAAACCUUCGAGUAUACUCCCGUCUAUGAGGGCGACAAACAUUUUCGCGGCAUAUUCGAAUGGGGCAUGUUGUACAAAGAGAACGAUGUGCCACGUCGCGAGCAGCAGCGUCGUGCUCACAACUCGGAGCCCUAUCGCAGUCCCACACAUGCGGGUGGCCUGUUUGCCAUUAAUCGCGACUAUUUUCUAGAGUUAGGCGCCUACGAUCCAGGGCUGCUCGUGUGGGGCGGCGAGAACUUUGAGCUGAGCUUCAAGAUCUGGCAAUGUGGCGGGAGCAUUGAGUGGGUGCCCUGCUCCCGCGUGGGCCAUGUUUAUCGGGGCUUUAUGCCCUACAACUUUGGCAAGCUGGCGGAGAAGAAGAAGGGACCGUUGAUAACCAUCAACUACAAGCGUGUUAUAGAGACUUGGUUCGAUGCUCCGCACAAAGAGUUUUUCUAUACGCGAGAGCCCUUGGCUCGUUAUUUGGACAUGGGCGACAUAAGCGAGCAGCUGGCCCUGAAGAAGCGUCUCAACUGCAAGUCAUUCCAAUGGUUUAUGGAUAAUGUAGCCUAUGAUGUGCUGGACAAAUUUCCUGCGCUGCCAGCGAACUUGCAUUGGGGCGAGCUGCGAUCUGUGGCCUCUGACGGCUGCUUGGACUCAAUGUCAAAUGAGCCGCCUGCUUUAAUGGGUUUUACCUAUUGCCAGGGCACUGGUAAUCAGCUGAUGCGGCUCAAUGCCGAGGGACAGCUGGGCGUGGAUGAACGCUGCGUCGAGGCGGAUCGUCAGGGCAUCAAAUUGGCUGUUUGUCGUUUGGGCACCGUAACUGGACCCUGGAGCUAUGAUGAGCAUUCCAAGCACUUGCUGCAUCAUAGGCAUAGAAAAUGUAUGGCACUGCAUCCCGAAACGCUGCAGCUAAGUUUGGCUCGCUGUGAUGCCAAUAAUGCCUAUCAGCAGUGGCUCUUCAAGAAAAUACGUCCGGAUUGGUAGAUGGUCCUAACAACAACUAAUGCAAAUGAUAAGCAGCCUAGUCAUUGGAUCGAUUGA